CCGGGCUGAGCAGCGGCAGCAGCGACGGCCGAGCCCGGAGCCAUGGACGGGCCCGGCCAGGAGCCGUACGAGGAGAGGAUGAGGAGGAGCCUCGACCCCGAGGGAUACGAGGACCCCGGAAUCAAGAGCUCACAGAUCUCACUGGGGGAGAUGAGCACUGUAUCAGUGACUGAUGUGGACCUGGAGGUGGGAGGGAGCCGGAGGCCCCUGUUCCGGAGGGAGACCCAUGAGGGCUACGUGGAGCUGCACGAGCUGGUCCUGGACAGCACGAAGGAGCUGUGCUGGAUGGAGGCUGGACACUGGUUCAAACUGGAGGAGGACUUCAAGGAAGCCGGACACUGGGGGCAGCCCCAUCUGUCCUUCCUCACCUACCGCAGCCUGCUGGAGGUCCGACGGGCGCUGGCCAGAGGUGCUGUGCUCCUCGACGUGGCGGCCGCAUCACUACCGGCCAUAGCUCAUGUCCUCAUCGACCAGAUGAUCUACGAGGGGCAGCUGAAGCCGCAGGACAGUGAGGACAUCCUGAGGACCCUCCUGCUGCAGCACAAACACCCCAAUGAGGCCGAAUCGACGCUGACUCUGCCCCCGGCUCAGCUGCAGCGCUCGGACCUGGAGCAGCCUCUGCUGCGGGAGCAGCAGCCCCUGGAGAUGAGGAGGAUGGGGGGGGAGCAGAGCCAGAGCGGGUCCAGCCAACCCCAGCUCCAUCAGAAGAUCCCUGAGGAUGCUGAGGCCACACUGGUGCUUGUGGGCUGUGCAGCCUUCCUGGAUCAGCCCACGUUGGCCUUCGUGCGCCUCAAGGCUGCAGUGAUGCUGGACGGGAUCCUGGAUGUGUCCCUCCCCAUCCGCUUCCUGCUCGUGCUCCUGGGCCCCGACAGUCCCCACAUCAGCUACCAUGAGCUCGGCCGAGCCGUGGCCACCAUGAUGUCCGAGAGGGUUUUCCUCCGUGAUUCCUACCUGGCCGACGGGCGCCAGGACCUGGUUCGCUCCGUCGAGGACUUCCUGGAGUGCAGCAUCGUGGUGCCCCCCAGCGAGCCCCAUAGCGAGGAGCAGCUGCGGCCCCUGGUGCCGCUGCAGCAGGAGCUGCUCCGCCGCCGGUACCGGCCCCCGGAGCCCCCAGUGAUCGAGACCCCCCUCAAGGACAUCACGGGGUCCGCACCGGGGCCGCAGGAUGAGGACCCCCUGCGCCGGACGGGGCGGCCGUUCGGGGGCCUGGUGCGGGACAUCCGGCGCCGGUACCCGCUGUACCUGAGCGACAUCCGGGACUUCCUGAGCCCACAGUGCUUGGCCGCUGUCAUCUUCAUCUACUUCGCUGCCCUGUCCCCGGCGGUCACCUUCGGGGGGCUGCUCAAUGAGAAGACCAAUGGCAUGAUGGGGGUGUCGGAGCUGCUCAUCUCCACCUGUGUGCAGUGUGUGCUCUUCAGCAUCCUCAGUGCUCAGCCCCUGCUGGUCAUUGGCUUCUCUGGUCCCCUCCUGGUCUUCGAGGAGGCUUUUUACUCGUUCUGCAGUGCCAAUGGCUUGGAGUACAUCGUGGGCCGGGUGUGGAUCGGGUUCUGGCUGGUGCUGCUGGUGCUGCUGGUGGUGGCCUGCGAGGGCAGCUUCCUGGUGCGCUACCUGUCCCGCUACACACAGGAGAUCUUCUCCUUCCUCAUCUCCCUCAUCUUCAUCUUCGAGACCUUCUCCAAGCUGGUCACGAUCUUCAGGGCUCACCCGCUCAGCCGCCGGUACGCGGUGCAGGAUGAGGUGCAGCCGGAUGUGCCGGAGCCCAACACGGCUCUGCUGUCCCUGGUGCUCAUGGCAGGAACCUUCUUCCUGGCCUUCUUCCUGCGCAAGUUCAAGAACAGCUCGUUCCUGCCGGGCAGGGUCCGGCGCUUGAUCGGGGACUUCGGGGUGCCCAUUUCCAUCUUCAUCAUGGCUCUGGCCGACUUCUUCAUCACGGACACAUACACACAGAAACUGAAGGUCCCCCGCGGGUUGGAGGUCACCAACUCCUCCGCUCGGGGCUGGUUCAUCAACCCCAUGGGCGAGAGGAAAACCUUCCCCAUCUGGAUGAUGUUUGCUUCCGUGGUACCCGCGCUCCUCGUCUUCAUCCUCAUCUUCCUCGAGACGCAGAUCACCACCCUCAUUGUGAGCAAGCCCGAGCGGAAGCUGGUGAAGGGCUCCGGGUUCCACCUGGACCUGCUGCUGAUCGUGGCCAUGGGGGGGCUGUCGGCGCUGUUCGGCAUGCCCUGGCUCAGCGCCACCACCGUGCGCACCAUCACCCAUGCCAAUGCACUCACCGUCAUGGGCAAAGCCACAGCCCCCGGAGAGAAAUCCCAGAUCCUGGAAGUGAAGGAGCAGAGGAUCAGUGGGCUCCUGGUGGCCGUGCUCAUUGGUGUCUCCAUCCUCAUGGAGCCCAUCCUCAAGUUCAUCCCAUUGGCCGUGCUCUUCGGCAUCUUCCUCUAUAUGGGAGUCACUUCCCUCUUUGGCAUCCAGCUCUUUGACCGCAUCCUGCUCCUGCUGAUGCCACCCAAGUACCACCCUGAUGAGCCCUAUGUCACCCGGGUGAAGACCUGGCGCAUGCAUCUCUUCACGCUCACGCAGCUGCUGGUGCUGGUGCUGCUGUGGGUGGUCAAGUCCACUCCAGCCUCCCUGGCUCUGCCCUUCGUGCUCAUCCUCACAGUGCCCCUGAGGCGCUUCCUGCUGCCCAGGAUCUUCCAGGACAUCGAGCUCAGAUGUCUGGAUGCAGAUGAUGCUGUGGUGACCUUCGAGGAGGUGGAGGGCACAGACGUGUACAACGAGGUGCAGAUGCCCAGCUGAGGGCCUGCUGCCCCUGGCCCCACUGCUGCCCCCAGCCCCACAUCCUCACUGCUGCCC